GUGUGGGUAACAAGGAAUGUAGGGUCAGUGACCUUGAGCUCAGCGCAGAAGCCAGGAAUUUAGGAGAGAGGUGCUUGUGGUGGGGCUGCCAUUUUUAGUGCCGGUCCACCAUAGCGCUGUUUUUACAUCCAUGUCGCAUUUGCAGUCCAGCCGCCAGGGCCAGCCAGAUCUGGGUGGGCCUGGGCAGCGCUCGCGGGGCGGGGCCGAGUUUAGAGAAGGGGGACGCAGUCCCUGUGGAGUGGGCGCGGCAUAGCGGGGCGGAAUGGGUGUGACCUCGAGGAGCCCCGCCCCGUCCCGCUUAGACAAUGCCCCGGAGCCGCCAGACCGUCGCGCCCCCGCCCCACCGUAGUACUUGAGCUCGCCUACCCAGGGACCCCACAAAGCCAAAGCUCCAGUCCCCGAGGCUUGAAGACUAGGACUCUUCUCCACCAACUCUGUCCUCAGGGGGUGGGGCCCCAGCCAAAAUCACAGAGCGGCAGGAGUGGGGGUGGCCGCUGGAGACAGGUGAAGUAAAAAGAGAAAACUAAGAAAUCAGCGCGGCCGGAGGGGGCGUCUGUGUGAAUGGGAUGGGGACGCCGGGGGAGGGGCUGGGCCGCUGCUCCCAUGCCCUGAUCCGGGGGGUCCCGGAGAGCCUGGCGUCGGGGGAGGGUGCAGGGGCUGGCCUCCCGGCUCUGGACCUGGCCAAAGCUCAGAGGGAGCACGGAGUGCUGGGGGGUAAACUGAGGCAGCGAUUGGGGCUGCAGCUGCUAGAACUGCCUCCUGAAGAGUCGCUGCCGCUGGGACCCGCUGCUCGGUGACACCAGCCCGUGAUCCAAGGGGACACGGCCCUAAUCACGCGGCCCUGGAGCCCCGCCCGCAGGCCAGAGGUCGAUGGAGUUCGCAAAGCCCUCCAGGACCUGGGGCUCCGAAUUGUGGAGAUGGGGGACGAGAACGCGACGCUGGACGGCACUGAUGUUCUCUUCACCGGCCGGGAGUUUUUCGUAGGCCUCUCCAAGUGGACCAAUCACCGAGGAGCUGAGAUCGUGGCGGACACGUUCAGGGACUUCGCCGUCUCCACAGUGCCGGUCUCGAGCCCCUCCCACCUGCGCGGCCUCUGCGGCAUGGGGGGACCCCGCACUGUGGUGGCGGGCAGCAGCGAUGCUGCGCAAAAGGCUGUCAGGGCAAUGGCAGUGUUGACGGAUCACCCCUAUGCUUCCCUGACCCUCCCAGAUGACGCUGCCGCUGACUGUCUCUUUCUGCGUCCUGGGCUGCCGGGUGUGCCCCCUUUCCUCCUGCACCGUGGAGGCGGAGACCUGCCCAACAGCCAGGAGGCAUUGCAGAAGCUCUCUGAUGUCACCCUGGUACCUGUGUCCUGCUCGGAACUGGAGAAGGCAGGCGCUGGGCUCAGCUCCCUCUGCCUGGUGCUCAGUACACGCCCCCACAGCUGAGGGCCUGGCCUUGGGGUCCUGGCUGGCCAGGGGUAGGGCAGCAUAGGGAGCAGAAGGGGAAGGAAGGUUACAUAGAUGCCGGUGAAUAGGUGGUAGUGGGGAGAGAGCCCCAAGAUGGGGGGAGGGCAUAGUGUGGGAAAAAGCAUAGAUGCCCUGAGUCAGUCCUUCCCCAGAGCUAAUAAAAUAGAACUGACCUUUUAGA